GUGUGUUGCGUAGCUUACAUGGAAACCAUGGAAACAGAUAAGUCGAUGCCGAGCCUGCACCACAGAGAGCCCGAUUCUCUCUCGUCAGUUUGGCUGAGGCUCAGUGUAGGCGGGACGUUUAAUGUCAACUCAGCUGUCAGCUAGAAAAUGCUCUAAAAUUUAUUUCUGCGUAUCCUGUGGUAAUAUAAUCACUACGGGCAAUCUUCUUUCAUCGCUGGGUUACUGUUUGAACAACGUUAGCCGGCUAACGUAGCUAGGUUAACUUGGCGAACUAACGUUAGUAAUCUUCGAACAUAACUGGGUAUUUGAGCUUCAUACAGAUACCUUAACAGAGGAUGCUGGAGUCAAUAAAAGUAACAGAAAGACUCCACUGGCCAGAGGUAGAAAUGUCCAAAAAGUAUAUCUUAAACACUGCUGACAAGCCAGUGAGUCCAAGCCAAGUAUACCUGGAGAAAAUUUCUUCCAGUGUCCUCAAAGAUCUCUUCAGCACUGGCUCCAGCAGCUACAACGUCCUGCUGCAGACUGAGGAGGAGGAGAGGAAGAGCCCGAAGCAGUCUCCGCACAAGAGACCAAAGACAUCAGUGAAAUGUGGUAAGAGAAACCGUUCAGGUAUGGCUACUAGAAAGAUUCGGGCUUCAGAAGGCGGCAGUAAACCUGCACAGACAAAUCGUGUCCUCUCAGGCAGCAGCUCCAAUCUGCCUAAGCCAGCGCGGAGCAUCGCAGUAGUGGGCAGCACCAUGGGCUUGAACCCUCGCGCAGUUCCACAACUCCGGAGGACGUGCAUCCCCAGUUCCCCUCGCACUAAACUUCCCUCUCUGCACAAAGCAGCUAUCGCGCGGGAAGUGGAAAAUGCCAAGAAGCUCUGCAUCCUUACAGCCAUCAAGCCGUCUAAUGUGGAGAAAGAAAAGGCCAAGUUUUUCAAGUCUGACUUCAACUACAAUCCACAGUUUGAGUACAGCAACCCUGUUUCUCCGCUCGUCCUGGCACGGCACAACAAUGCCUCAGAUCGCUUUCUGACACAGGCAGUGCACAUCAUGGAGCUCGCCCUGCACCGAUAUGGCAGCUAUGAGAAGUUUGAGCAGGUCACUGGGGGCAGCCUCCUCACCAAGAGUCGCAUCUGGCACAAUGUCAAGAAAUACAUGGAGAAGGAGGGCUGCAUGGGAGAGAUAGUUGUCCAGGUAACAGAUGACCUCCUGUCCAGAGCCUCCAUGACGGUGGUGAACAGCAGACCCACACUGACCAUCAACAUCUCCACUGCCAGAGAGCACUGGCUGGAAGGCAUGCUGAGGCAUGAGAUUGGCACACAUUAUUUCCGUGGCAUCAACAACUGCCACCAGCCGUGGAGCAGCAGCAUGGGCAGGAAGAAGCACAACCUGAAGCCUCUGAACCCCACAGAGGAAGGUCUGGCAAGCAUCCACAGUGUCCUGUUCAGGAAGGACCCCACGCUGUGGCGUGCCGCCCUACUCUACUACACUGUCUACCAGGCCAGCCACAUGUCCUUCUCUCAGCUCUUCCACAACCUGGGAUGCUUCGUUCAGGAUCCCAACACUCGCUGGGACUACUGUGUCCGAGCCAAGAGAGGCCAGACCGAUACAGCACAGCCAGGGUGCUUCAGUAAAGACCAGGUCUACCUGGAUGGCAUUCUGAAGAUCCUGAGACAUAGAGAUAAGAUCAACUUCCCACUGCUGAUGACUCUAGGAAAGGUGUCAUUUGAAGACGUCGACCGCCUGAAAACUGUGGCUCAGAUGGAGAACGUCCGCAUCCCACACUUCAUGCAAGACCAGGCAAAGUAUGCAGAGCAGCUGACAAAAAUCAUGGCAGUGAACGAGCUGACUGAUGAGGAGCUCAGGACCAUCAUCUGAGCCCAAUCCAUGCACCCGCACAACCCAGAUCAGAACCAAAUAUAAUCUGCCACACCACUGCCAGCCGUGGCCUGCAUGCCUGAACACCACCACCGUCAUCAUGCAUGGUAGCAAAGUGUGUAACCUGCACAGCGUGCUGUAUCGCAUGUAAUGUAGAGAUGUGUUAGACCCAUACAUUAGUUUUACCUGAUAUAAGCUCUGAAUUAAAAAUCUGCUAUUACCUAGUCAAUUUUCCACUGUUACUGUAGGAACCACCCAGAGAAUCAUUUCAGUGUGCUGUGUUUAGGGCUUGAUGUAGUUUGAACAGUUUCUAUACCAGUGCCAAUGCAAUGAGUUGCUGUAUCAAUACUAAAAUGAUACUUUUUCAAUAUCUUACUUUACUUUUCUUUAACAUUUUCCAAGCAUUUGGUGCCAAUUUUGUUUCCUUUUUUUGUUUUUUGUGUUUUUUGGACAGUUUCUGAUACUCAGCUUGGUUUGAGGUUUGAUACGCACUCUUAGAUUUUGGAGGAUUUUCUUUAAUAGCUUCUCAGUAGCUACAUUAGCAUGGCUUUCAAAAGAGUUUAACAUGAACAACCAUUUUUAAUAAAGGUCCCUUAAAGGAAUAGUUAAAUAUUUUGGGAAAGGUUUUCCGAGAGUUACUGUAGAUGAAGGAAACCACUCUCAUGGCCGUGUGGUAAGCUACAGUCGGGGACAAUUAACCUAGCUUAGCAUAAAGACUGGGAACGGGGAAAACUAGCAUGGCUCUGUCCAAAUUUCAUAAAUACACCUACCAAUAUCUCUACAGCUCCCUAAUUAACAUGUUGUAUCUUAUUUGUUUAAUCCAUACAUAAAUAGAAAUGAAAGCAGGACAAUUUGUGUUUUAUCUGGAGUUAUGUGCUGGAACAAUUUUUUGACAAUCAACAGCUGUGAGCAGUGAAUUCCUGGAGUCUUGUCAUCAUGGUGAAGUUGCUUGGUACAAUGUGGAGUUUUGGUUUCUGUACAUUGUGCCUCUACAGAAACCAAAACUUACGCUCACAGACCUUAUCUGGCAACCUGCGCUAUAGCCGGAGACAACACACAGAGGCACUAAGUGGAUGGAUAAACUUGUUCAUCAAGAAAUAGCUCCAACACUAAAUCAAAUCAUCAUUUUCACACUUAUGUUUGUUAACAGGUUAAACAAACAAGAUAUAGUGUGUUAAUUAGUCAGUUUUUGAGGUGUCGGUAGAUGUAUUUUUGAACUUUGGACAGACGAUGGCUAGUUGGCUUAGCUAGGCUAAUGGACUCCCAGCUCCAGCUCUGUACUUAACACACAGGCAUGAGGGUGGUAUUGAUCUUCACAUUCUCGAAAAGAAAGCAAAUAAGUGUAUUUGCCAAAUUGUUGAACUAUUUCUUUAAAGUUGGUUAUUAAAGAAUUGUGACCAAGAUAUAUUCUGAGUGGGACGUUUUACAGUUGAAAGAUAAACUUGUUAGUGUUCUAUGGUGUGCAAACUGAAAUAGGGACAGUGUUUCUAAAUUACCUCAAACAUUUCUCUGGCGUUUCUCUACUGUAAUUUCUUGUUACUUCUAAGCAGAAUAUCUGCCAUCAGCUCAAAUCAGUCAAUAAUGUCACAUAUGCUGAUGCAUUGGUAGGGCUCUAAUCGAAAUGAUUUUUCUGGGGCUUUUUCAAUCCGUCAGCAAUACAGAGGGAAAACCUGAAUGCUUAAUUGUUUGUGCAUUUUUUUCUUUUGUGCAUGAAUAUGGUUAAAUGUAGACAUACAGAACAUCCUUUACUUUUAACAUACGCCAUUAAAACAUAUUGAUUUAAUUCCAAUUUAAGUGUACUUACCUAGUGUUUUAUAUCUGUCUCUGUAGUGAAGAUGAAUACAUUCUUGCACUUUGUUUCCUCUAGAUACAACUUAGGGUUACUAUUUUUGUAGUACACAUUAGGCAUUACUAGUAACACAGAGUUGUUGCUCAAGAAAAAGACGGUGAAAGGAUGGUGCACCAGGCAGAGAUAUACUGAUACUGGUUUAAGUGCUUCAUCAGCAGUGUCACACACUGUUAAUUAAAGCUGAGCCUGUCAACAUUGUUCUACACUUGCUGAUAGCUUGAUGUUGAAAAGAAAAUAUCUCUAAGUAUGAAGGUCACUUGUAAUAGUGUUUAUGACAUUUUGAAGGUGUGUUCCUCAUUAUGCUCUAUGAAGCCCUAGUGGUCCAAGUGCACUGACUUGAAGCCCUAUUUGACUAUUUGCACUUUCUUACCUUUGAACUACCUUCUCAACUGCACUGAUAUUUGCAGUUACUGUGUUGGUGUCAUUUAUAGAGAAAGAUAUGUCCAUGUUUGACUAAACACCAAAUGCCUCGUGGUUUUACUGUGACACUUAAUGAGUUUCUGUGUUGUUACGAAGAAUGACCUAAUGUAGGGAGCACAUGAACUACUCUGCCUCCUCUAAGAUCCCUUAUGGUACAGUUGAAUAACACAGCGUUUCUAUGUGAUGUUUUCUAUUUGAAUGGUCUUUUUGUGAUAACUAUAGAUAUAAUCUAAAAUAAAGUGGACUCCCUGCAAAAA